CAGAGGGCUCCCCGCAGAGAAGAAGGGAAAGGAGGAAGAAGCGGAGGCGACGGCGGCCUGUGUUCGCUGCCGCCCCGCGGGGUCUCUGCGAGGGAGCCCGGGGGACUCUUUCUCGCGGGGCUCGGCGGAGGGAUCUCUAGGAAGCGCUCUCUGUCACCUCCCCCCUGCACCGCUCGCCCCUCGGCGCCGCCAUCUUGGAUUUUAAUCCGCCAUUUUUUUUCCUCCCCCCACUCGGAAUUAUUUUUUUAUCACUAUCGCUGCUUUUCCCCCCACCUCCUUAGUUUUCCUCCCCUCUCUGCCCCUCCCUCGCUCAGUCUUCGCUUCCCCCCCUCCCCUUUUUUCCCCCUCGCCCCCUUCCCUUUGAUGAUUCAUUUUCCCCCAGUGGCGGCUGGGGCAGCGCCGGCGGCGGCGAGGGACCCAGCGCGCAGGGCAGAAUUGGAACUGAAAUUAUUCAUCCACUUCUCCAAGCCUUUUGAAAAGUGACUAAAUGCAACUGAGUCAGACUGUCUGUGGGAAUGAAGUGGCUGGGAGAAUCCAAGAACAUGGUGGUGAAUGGCAGGAGAAGUGGAAACAAGUCGUCUAAUGACCAUGCGCAGAAUCAGACCAAAUUGCAGCAUGCAGGAAAGGAGAAUCCAAAGGCGGGCAAAAAUGGAGUUGAGAGAAGAUCAAGCAGAUGUAGCGGUGCUUCAGGAUUUGAGGGUCAAAGUCGUUAUGUGCCUUCCUCUGGAAUGUCUGCCAAGGAACUGUGUGAAAACGAUGACCUAGCAACUAGUUUGGUUCUUGAUCCCUAUUUAGGUUUUCAGACACACAAAAUGAAUACUAGAUUUCGACCUAUUAAAGGAAGGCAAGAAGAACUAAAAGAGGUGAUUGAACGUUUUAAGAAAGAUGAGCACUUAGAAAAAGCCUUCAAGUCCUUGACGUCAGGUGACUGGGCCCGGCACUAUUUUCUUAACAAGAACAAAAUGCAGGAAAGGUUGUUCAAGGAACAUGUAUUUAUUUAUUUACGAAUGUUUGCAACUGACAGUGGGUUUGAGAUACUGCCUUGUAAUCGGUAUUCUUCUGAACAAAAUGGAGCCAAAAUUGUUGCAACAAAAGAAUGGAAACGAAAUGAUAAAAUAGAAUUACUUGUGGGCUGUAUUGCUGAACUAUCAGAAAUGGAAGAAAACAUGCUGCUGAGACAUGGGGAAAAUGACUUCAGCGUCAUGUAUUCCACACGGAAAAACUGUGCACAGCUGUGGCUUGGUCCUGCUGCAUUUAUCAAUCAUGAUUGCAGACCUAACUGUAAGUUUGUAUCAACGGGCAGAGAUACAGCAUGUGUGAAAGCUCUAAGAGAUAUUGAACCUGGAGAAGAAAUCUCUUGUUACUAUGGAGAUGGGUUUUUUGGAGAAAAUAAUGAAUACUGCGAAUGUUACACCUGUGAAAGACGUGGAACUGGUGCUUUUAAGUCAAGAGUGGGAUUGCCAGCACCUACUCCUGUGAUUAAUAGUAAAUAUGGACUGAGAGAAACAGAUAAACGAUUGAACAGACUUAAAAAGUUGGGUGACAGCAGCAAAAAUUCAGACAGCCAGUCCGUCAGCUCUAACACUGAUGCAGAUACCACUCAGGAAAAAGCUAAUGCAACUAACAGAAAAUCUUCAAUUGGCGUAAAAAAGAACAGCAAAAAUAGAACAUUAACAAGACAGUCUAUAUCAAGAAUUCCAGCAUCGUCAAAUUCUACCUCAUCUAAACUAACUCAUAUAAAUAAUUCCAGGGUACCAAAGAGACUGAAAAAGCCUGCAAAGCCUUUACUUUCAAAGAUAAAGUUGAGAAAUCAGUGCAAAAGGCCAGAGCAAAAGAACGCUUCUAGAAAGCUCGAAAUGGGAAAUCUAGUUCUCAAAGAGCCUAAAGUAGUUUUGUAUAAAAACUUGCCCAUUAAAAAGGAUAAAGAAUUGGAGGGACCAGUCAAAGUUGCAGUCUCUAGUGGAUGCUUAACAAGGCAUGCAGCAAGAGAACAUAAACUGAAUUCUGUGAAAGGUGCUCAUGAGCAUGGUGAUAUACCACCCUGCACAUAUAUAACAAGGAGGUCAAUGAGAACAAGGAUGAAUUUGAAGGAGACCUCUGACUUAAAGCUUGAACCAAAUACAUUGGAUAGCUAUAAGAAUAAUUUGACUGGAACGCAAUCAGACAUUUUAGAGCAGCAGUCUCAUGUGGUAAAUGAAAAUAAUGUGGCUCAUGGACCAUCACAUAAAGGGGAGAUUAGGUGCCAGAAAAGUGAUGCAAGCAUGUCAAAAAAGAAAUCUCGACAAGGAAAACUUGUGAAACCAUCUGCAAAAACAGAAGAAACUGAUACUAUGCACAAUACACCUGUGAAAGAUGAAGUACCAGAUUUGAUUAGUUCACAUUCAGAGCUCGGAGAGAGGAAUAAUGUGGUGGACACACCUGUUGGCUAUAAAGACUGUAUCCCUGGAUCUGGUGGCUGCUCUGUUGUAACAUCUGACAAUUUUAAAGCAAAAGACAGCUUUAGAACUGCAAAAAGUAAAAAGAAAAGACGAAUCACGAGGUAUGAUGCACAGCUUAUCCUUGAAAAUAGCUCUGGGAUCCCUAAACUGACUCUUCGUAGACGCCAUGAUAGCAGUAGCAAGGCAAAUGACCAAGAAAGUGAUGGAAUGAAUUCUUCGAAAAUAAGCAUCAAAUUAAGUAAAGACCAUGAAAAAGAUAAUAAUUUAUAUGUAGCAAAGCUAAAUAAUGGGUUUAACUCAGGAUCAGGCAAUAGUUCAACAAAAUUAAAAAUACAGCUAAAACGAGAGGAAGAAAACAGAGGGACAUACCCUGAGGACCUUCAUGAAAAUGGUAUGUGUUGUAGUGAAACUCUUUCCCUUUUGGAGUCAAGAAUGGAAGUAGACAAUUAUGGUCACUAUGAAGAGGAAACAGCAGAUGAAUCCUCAUCAGAAGAGGAUGAUGAAGAGGAAGAUGACUAUGAUGAUGAAUUUGAUGACUUUAUUCCUCUUCCUCCAGCGAAGAGAUUAAGGCUUAUUGUUGGCAAGGAUUCAAUAGAUAUUGAUAUUUCUUCCAGGAGGAGAGAAGAUCAGUCUUUAAGGCUCAAUGCAUAAGCUUAUAGGUCGUAAACUGACCUGGAUGUCAUUUUUAAAAAAAAAAAAAAUUAAAAAUU